AUGUUUCUUCAAAAAAAGAAGAAAAUAUAUUAUUUUUUAGUUACAUUAGCACCAGUAUAUAUAUAUUAUAAAAGAAAUAAGAAAAAUGAGUUUGAAACUAUAAAAAAUAAUAAUGACAUAGAAAAAAUAAAAACAUUAAAUAUUAAUAAUAUUUUCUCUUAUUUUCCAUUAUUUAUUCUUAAUAUUUAUGAUAAUUAUAUAUAUAAUAAUAAAACAUUAAAAAGAAUUUAUUUCACGUAUAAAAAUUCUAAUAGGAAAUACUAUCAUAUUAAAAAUGUCAUAGAAGAAAACGAGGCAAAAAUUAAAUAUGAUUUUGUGUAUAAUGAAAAAAAUCUGUAUAAUAAGUUGUACUUUUAUGAAUUAGUUUUAGAAAAAAGCAUAAAGUAUGCUAUUCUAUCUCCACAGUUAAGUAUAUAUAUUCUUAAACAAUUAUCUGAAUAUUGUGUUAACUUAAAUACGAGCUUGUAUAAUGAAAAGGAGUUCAAAAAAAAGAAAAAUCAUAAUGAUAAAAAGGAAUGGAGCUUUAUUAGAAGUAUAAAGAAUAUUAAAAUAAAUCAUUACGAUGAAAGGAAUAAUAAUCAAAAGAAGAAUAAGAAUAUUCAGAUGAAAGAUAAAGAAUUAAGUAAAAAAUAUAAUAUUUAUGAAAAAUAUGAUAUACAUAAAUUUAUUGAAGUUGAUCUGGAAGAAAAAGAUAGAAGAAACAAUAGUGACCAAAUUAGUUUAAAUUUAUUGUAUCUACUUAAUCAAGUAUAUGAUAAUGCGAAUCGUAUUUGUUUAAACACUAACACUAACAUUUACAUUAACUUUUAUAUGAUUAAUAUAUUAAAAUAUAUAUGUUAUAAAAAUUAUAGAAAUCUACUUUUGAAUGAUUUAAAGUUUGAUGAAUUAAGUAGAAUAUGCAGGAAAAGAAAUUUCCUUGAUUACAUAAAUUAUUAUUUAAAUUUUUUUUUUAGUGAUAAGAGUGAUAAAAUAAAAAAAGAAAGUGCGAAUAAAAGUUUGUUUUAUCAUAAUCCUAAUGUAAAGUUAGAAAGCAUUUAUAACUUUUCUAAUGAUAUUGAUAAAGGAAAUAUAAUUAAAAACAAUGUAGAUUAUGACGAAGAAGAAAAAAAAAAAAAUAAUGAAAAAUUGGAUUUUAAUAAUAGUGUUAUAAACACAAAUAAUUUAAAAGAUGAAUUAGAACGAAAAACAAAAAAACAAAUAUUUUUUUCGGAAUUCUUCAAUAAUAAAAAUAAAAGAAAUAAAAAAAAGAAUCAAGAAAAUGAAAUAAAUGAUAACGUAAAUGAAAAAACAGAUGAUAGCAAAAUGAUAGAUAUAAAUAAAAAAAAUGAAAAAUAUAUAAAUGAUAGUAGUGUUAAUAUAAAUAAUAUUUUAGUAGAAAAAAAAAAAAAAUUGUUAGAAGACAAAAAUUUUAUAAAUGAUGUAAAAAUUUUAAAUGAUCUUUACAUAGUUUUGUACUUAAGACUAUUAUUUGAGUGCUCUAUCAAAUUGUUAAGCAUCAAAAAAAAUUUAUAUUUAUUAGAUAAAAAAGAAAAAUUUGAAAAGGAAAACAAAAUAAUUUACAUGAACACAUCUGAUGUGAUAAAUGAUUUAAAAGUAAACUUUUUGAAAAGAUUUCGAAAAAAAGAAAAGGAAAAUUUUAUAUUUUCGUAUAAUAAAUUGAAUGAAUUUAGUGAAAAUAAGAAAUUUAAAAGAAAAGAUAUAAUUAUUUCAUUUAAUAAUUUAAUAAAUAAAAUUGAUAAUUUAAAAAAAAAAAAUGGAAAUGACUUAAGAAAAGAAGACGAUUUAGAAAUGAAAAAUAAAGAUUUUAUUUUAAUUAAUUCAAAAAAAGAUAUACUGCAAAAUGAAAGUAGUAGUAACAAGAUAAAUAAUUCAUUUUCUUUGUAUAUGAAUAAAUUAAUGGGAAAUGAAUUAUAUUCUAUUUUUUCAGAUAGUAAAAAAAAACUUUUAAAAUAUAUUUACGAUAUGAAUACUUAUAUUGAUAUGAAAAUAUAUAAAAUAAAAAGAAAUAUAAAUUACUAUGUUUUUAAUUUUGAUGAAGUUCUAAUAAACAAGUACUACAACUUAAUUCACAAAAAUAAUGUAAAUAAGAUAAAUACUCAUUUAAAUAAAUCUAGAGAGAGAAGUAUUGAUUUAAAAAAGUUUAAUGAUAUAUAUUUCUCUAUGAUAACUAAUUUAAAUAACAUAUUUGCAUAUGUUUAUUUGAUUGAUGAAAAAAAGUGUGCUAAUAAAAUUUUGAAUAUAUAUAAUACAAAUAUAUUUUAUAAAUAUAAUUAUUUAAAUGAAAAUCAAAAUAUUUUUUAUAGAAAUGAUGUAAAAAAAUAUUUGGAUUAUUUUAAUAAUUUAUUAAAUUUUACUGAUGAAAAUAACAAUUUUAAAAAAAUUGGAUUUUUUUACUGUAAAAAUGAUAUUAACCUUUUGUUAUUUUUAUAUAGUCAGAGAAUAAAAAAUUGUUUUUAUAUAUUUAAAUAUAUAUAUAAUAAAUAUAAUUUUAAAAAAAACUACUAUUUUAAUUUUUUGUUCUAUAAGCUAAAUUUUUUAAUAUUAUCAAAAAGAGCUUAUUUUAAUUUUUUUGAUUUUACUUAUUUUGCUUAUAAUAAUUUGUUUAAUUGUUUUUCUUUUUUUUAUUUCUUAUUUUCAUAUUCAUAUUUGCUUUUUUUCUUAGUUUAUCAAAUGAAAACAUUUUCUUCUAUUAAUUAUUUUAAUAUAUUUACACAAUACUGUACGUAUAUGUAUUUUUAUAAACUUUAUAAUAACAUUAAAAAUAUAUAUGAUUGUCCUUGUUAA